AUGAAAUUCUCUGUUGCCUUUCUAUUUACCCUCCUUGUUGGUGGAACUUGCGCUCAAAACAAUGGAUCGACUGCCACUGGACAGUCUGAUCUGCUAGAAAAGAGAGCAGUUUUCCAAAAGGAAGCCGAUGAAGAUGCCUACGCUGCAUUUGAUUCUUCUGAAGCCAACAACUCCGACCGUCAACGCAAAAAGGUCUACUACCAACAAUCGGCUCUUCAACAAACUCUUGACGAGAACGUGACCAAGCAACGUCGCCGCGCCAAGAAGUCCAAGUCCUCCAAGAAGUCCAGUUCCAAGUCGAGCCAAGUCUUCUUCUAUGCUCCAGUCGGCGCAGCUCCAGUCAGACCCGUGUCUCAACCUGUUGCCGCCCCCGUUCGCGUUCCUUACGUGGUUCCUAUUCGAGCACCCGAUUCGCCACGAAUCACCUCACCAGUGGCUGUCAACAUUGGUACUACCAGAGGCAUUCCCGGAGGCUCCUCUUCUAGCUCCUCCUUCAAGGGAUUUGCCUACAGAGCCCAAUUUGCGUCUGUUGCUCCAGUGGCUGGUCCAACUGGUUCCACUGGAUCCAUCUACGUGGAAGCUACUGCCGAAGAUUGUCAAUCUAUUAACAACGGAGGUUUGGUUGAAGGCCAAAAGUUCAUGGGCAGCUCGACAUUCACCUUUGGAUUCAACCUUGCCAUGCCCGAAGGUUCCACCAAUAUUGAGACCAUUGCUGCCACUGCUCGCGCGGCCCUCCAAGCCUUGGUGGUCCAACGCGUCAUCAACUGCAGCGGGUUCCGUAGACACUUACAAAAGCGUGCCAAGCGUCACCACCGCCGCAACAAGGAACAGAGACGCUUGAAUAACGGCCUUCCAUCCGGUAUUGUCGGAAACGCUCAGAUUGGAGAUGUGGAAUGUACACUUUCUGCCGAUGGAACCUCUGCUGACUGUACCACCAGUGUGGACAUCGCUCUGAAGGGACCUGCCGAGGAAGCACUUAUCAAGGCAGAGAUUAUCGCCGCUCUCGAUGAGGGUGAUAUUCUUUCUGACACUGAGUUGGGAACCAUCGCUGAAGGCUUCACCCACACCGAAGUCACUCACGUUGAGACUACCGAACCUCAAAUUGGAGGUGAUCCACACAUUGUUACCUGGAAGGGAGAACACUACGAAUACCACGGACAGUGCGAUAUGGUCAUGGUCAACGAUCCACUCUUUGCCGAUAAUGCUGGCUUGGACAUUCACAUUCGUACCAAGUUGGUUCGUUUCUGGUCUUACAUCAAGAACGUUUCCAUCCGCAUUGGAAGCGAUAUCUUGGAAAUCGUUGGUAACCCCGACAUCAAGUCCAGAGAACCAAUGUACUGGGUCAACUACGAAUACAUGGGCGACCUUGACACUAUUGGUGGAUUCCCCAUUACCUAUGUUGCCACCAGUGGCUCCAAGUCUGUCUACGAGAUCGACUUGAGUUCCAAAUACCCCAAUGCCAAGAUUAUCAUCAAGAUCUACAAGGAAUUCCUUCGCAUCAAGAUGGAAGGCAAGGAGGAAGUCUGGGGCAACACUGUCGGACUCUUGGGUGACUACCACACUGGUGAGACCAUCGGCCGCGAUGGUGUCAGUGUCUUUGAUGACUACUACAAGUUUGGUAGCGAAUGGCAAGUCAACCCCACCGACCCUAAGUUGUUCCAAACUUUGGAGACUCCUCAAUACCCUGAAAAGUGCAUGCUUCCUGACAACCCAAGCGGAGAUCGCCGUCGUCGUUUGGACGAAGAAUCCGUCAGCAUGGAAGAAGCCGAAAAGGCAUGCUCUACUUUGAAGGAUCCCAAGCAAGUCAAGGACUGUGUCUAUGACAUCUUGGCUACUCAAGACUUGGACAUGGUUGGAGCCUUUUAA